GCGAACACAGUUUGUGGAGAGGGUGACAGCAGAAAAUCUCACACAGCUACUUGAAGCCCUUGUAAUAGACAAUGUCUUGAAUGAGUUGGAGAAAGAAAGGAUACAGGAAAUAAACCAAAGUAGAGCAGACAAGGCACGCGACUUCAUUGACAUCGUGAAGAAAAAGGGAGAAAAAGCCUGCAGGAUAAUGAUCAGUCACCUUCGAACCAUUGAUCCUACAGUUUCCCGACAGCUAGGUUUGUCCUCUGGGCCAUCUGCUCAUUUAGGAUUCUCCAGCAUGUGUCAGAAUAAAAUUAAAUCUAACCUGAAGAAGAAGUUCCAGUGUGUGUUUGAGGGAAUUGCUAAAACCGGAAAUCCAACCCUUCUGAAUCAGAUCUACACAGAGCUCUUCAUCACAAAAGGAGGGACUGCAGAGGUCAAUCAAGAACAUGAGGUCAGACAAAUUGAAACAGCAUCAAGAAAACCAUACAGACCAGAAACAACAAUAAGAUUAGAAGACAUCUUUAAAGUCCCACCUGGAAAAGAACAACCAGUCAGAAAAGUACUAACUAUGGGAGGGGCUGGCUUUGGGAAAACUUUGUUGACACAGAAGUUCACUCUGGAUUGGGCUGAAGACAAAACCAACCAGGACAUCCAGUUCAUAUUUCCAUUCCCUUUCAGAGAGCUGAAUGUGCUGAAGGAGAAAAAGUUCAGCUUGGUGGAACUUAUUCAUCGCUUCUUUAUUGAAACCAAAGAAGCAGGAUUCUGCAGGUUCGAAGACUUCCAGGUUGUGUUCAUCUUUGAUGGUCUGGAUGAGUGUCGACUUCCUCUAGACUUCCACAAUACAGAAAUCCUCACUGACCCCAGGGAGUCCACUUCUGUGGUUCUGCUACUAACAAACCUCAUCAAGGGCAACCUGCUUCCCUCUGCUCACCUCUGGAUAACCACACGACCUGCAGCAGCCAAUCAGAUCCCUUCGGACCGUGUUGACAUGGUGACCGAAAUCAGAGGGUUCACUGACCCACAGAAGGAGGAAUACUUCAAGAAGAGAUUCGCUAAUGAGAAGCGGUCCAGGAGCAUCAUCUCUCACAUCAAGACAUCACAAAGCCUCCACAUUAUGUGCCACAUCCCAGUCUUCUGCUGGAUCACUGCUACAGUUCUGGAGCACAUGUUGAGAACCACAGAGGUGAGAAAGCUACCCAAGACCCUGACUGAGAUGUACAUCCACUUCUUGGUGGUUCAGGUCAAAGUGAAAAAGGUCAAGUAUGAUGGAGGAGCUGAGACAGAUCCACACUGGAGUCCAGAGAGCAGGGAGAUGAUUGAGUCUCUGGGAAAACUGGCUUUUGACCAGCUGCAGAAAGGAAACCUGAUCUUCUAUGAAUCAGACCUGACAGAGUGUGGCAUCGAUAUCAGAGCAGCCUCAGUGUACUCAGGAGUGUUCACACAGAUCUUUAGAGAGGAGAGAGGACUGUACCAGGACAAGGUGUUCUGCUUUGUCCAUCUAAGUGUUCAGGAGUUUUUGGCUGCUCUUCAUGUCCAUCUGACCUUUAUCCACUCUGGAGUCAAUCUGCUGGAAGAACAACAACCUGGGGCAGACUUCUACAAUACUGCUGUGAACAAGGCCUUACAGAGUCCAAAUGGACACCUGGACUUGUUUCUUCGCUUCCUCCUGGGUCUAUCACUGCAGACCAAUCAGAGUCGCCUGAAAGGCCUGCUGACACAGACAAGAAGUCCACAGACCAAUGAGGAAAGAGUUCAGUACAUCAAGAAGAAGCUCAAUGAGAAUCUGUCUGUAGAGAAAAGCAUAAACCUGUUCCACUGUCUGAAUGAACUGAAUGAUCGUUCUCUAGUGAAGGAGAUCCAACAGGCCCUGAGUCCAGGAAGUCUCUCUACAGAUAAACUGUCUCCUGCUCACUGGUCAGCUCUGGUCUUCAUCUUACUUUCAUCAGAAGAAGAUCUGGAUGCGUUUGACCUGAAGAAAUACGCUGCUUCAGAGGAGGCUCUUCUGAGACUGAUGCCAGUGGUCAAAGCUUCCAAUAAAGCUCUGUAA